CGCCAGUUGUCGACGAAGCAUACUUGAUAGUCGGAUGACUUUUGUCGAUUCGACUUGCGAAUGAUAAGUGUAUCGUCGCUUAAUGCGACGCAGAUAGGAUGGGACGAUUCGUAAAUGAAUUUGAUUAUACAGCAGUAACAGGUUUAGCGUUGCUCGUGAUAAGAGACUUCCGUUGGCCACGUGAUUGCAAACCGCCUAUAUUUCUCAUUGUGACUCAGCCACGCUAAUCGACAAUAUCGAAUACCGUUAUCAUUGCUAAGUGACUAAAGCCUGAUAUUUACACUUUAUGUGUUUCUCGUAAGUGAAUAAAAGUGAGUCAACGCACGUAAGUGUCUCUUUGCGAACAGUUUCUUUCACACUCUUGUGUGUACCAGCUUCAGUUGACAUCAGAGUGUCAAGUGAGCUUCAAUGUGUCAAACAGCUCUUCAGAUUGUUUCGAAAGUUUGCUAUAACAUGUUUAUUUUAUAUCAAGUAUUUGUUGCAAGAGAUGUAUAAAGAUAAGUGAUAUGACACGUAUAAAGAGUGUGUGAUUAUAAUGUUAAAAAAAUCAUUAAGUUAGAAAAAAAUUAUAUAAUAAUUAUUUCUCAAGGUCACGUGUGCCUACUCAUCGCGUUUAAAUACUUUUUGUCUACUUCCGCGACAUUAUGCAAUUCUGUUUUGCAUGACUUUUUUAUGCAAAAACGUAUUUUAAUGCAUUUAAAAACCAUGACAAGUUAAAUCAUGGUAUUUUAAUGGAUGAAAGACGAAGAGCCGAGGAAUGAUAUUGGAUAUCUGGUUCCAUUAUGACGUGAGUCCAUUAGCAAUGAAGGCUGCAAGUCAAUCGGACGAAACAUGAUAAUAAUGGCUUUGGAUUAAAGAAUUUUGAUGAAAAUUAACGAAAAUAACACGUUACACGUAGAAUUUUUCUCUUGAUGCAGAAAAAAAAACGUUUAUGAUUCGUUUUUUUUUAAUUAAAAAAUAAAAAUUGAAAAACAGCAUUACUUUUAAGAAAGUUUCUCACUCAGAAGGAAUGCUACAUUAUUGAAUUUGUUGAACUUGGACAGUAUAUUCGAUCUAAAAUCAAUACACGCAAAUUUGAUAUCGCGUCGAAAAGAAUAGUGACAAAUUGCGCAAAGUUAAUCACGUGGAAGAUCAAAUCCGAUUCAAGUUUUGCGACCGUCACAUCCAAGAUGAAUAUUACAUCCGAAGAUUCCUCAUCUAAAGUGAAUGCGAGCGGACCUAAUAUCAUUCCCGAGAUUAAAGUUACACCGAAAAUUGAUGUCAUGUCCAAAAUCACAUGUGAAACAGAUGCCGUGCCGGAGAAAAACUUUGACGAUGACGUGUCUAAAGUCAACGCUGCAUCUGAGAUUCACGUAACAUCCACUACGGAUAUUGCUUUUAAUAAAAUAGAUGAGACUGUCGAUAAAUCAUUCGAUAUUGAAAGACCUCCCAGAAGAUUGCGCCGGAAACUUCCCAUGGACCAACAACAAUAUCAACCUCUCGCAGAGUUAAAUCCAAUCAUAUCGAAACAAAAAUUCGAGACAGAAGAUACGGAUAAUACUAAUACGGAAAGCGAAGCUGAUGAAAAUAAAAAUGAUGUCUUGGCAUCAGAUAAUAAUGUUUUCGAAAAUAUUCCACAUGAAGAAAAUUCAAGAGAAUCGAGCUCUCUUACCGACGAGAAAUCGAAAAUCCAGGAAGCUUCUGCGGUAAAAGGAUUAGUUCCUAAAUCAAUUUCCGAAACUAAGAAGACGGAAUCGAAUACUACUGAAAAUGAAAAAUCCAAGUUGGAACGAGCGUCUGCGAUGAUAGAAGUUUGGAAGACACGAGUGGUUGAAGCAUCCAUCGAAAAACGAUCUGAAAUUAAGAGAAAAAAGGCAAAGCUAAAAAGUUCCAUGGAGCGGAAGAUGGAAUCGAUAGAAAGGAUAUUGGAGGAUCACGUGGAGCGGACUUUGGAAGAGAAUGUGGAGAAACAUUCAUGGCUGCAACCGAUCGAGACAUGGAUCGUCGAUCGUUGCAAGCCUUCCUCCAGCUACACAGUAACGCAUUGUCAACAAGAUGUCAAUGAAGACGUUGUGUCGGAACCCGUGUAUGAUUUCAAAUUCACGUCAGCGACAACAGCGGAUGAGGAACCGAAAAUUGAGAGCGGACCGUUGGAGAAUCGACGAGCAAUGAGGAUCGAUGAAUCGAAAAUCGAGAGAAAAGUGAUCGAUCAUUUCCGGAGACUGCGAAACCGGACUGGUUCUCCGAAAUCAAGUCGAUUCGAGUCCGUGAGUCCAACCGCGCAACUAAAAAAGCAGGAAGUUCCCUCGCAUACGGAAAAUGGAGAAGAAAAUACUAAUGUGUUAAUCAAUCCUGAUAUUUUGGAAGUAAAGGAAGUCAAACGACACGAUCUUUUGGAUAGACUAAAGGAUAAUGUUAAAGAGAAGAUGGAAGAUAUUCAUAGGUAUUUCCAGAAGACGAAUCGAUUGGCGGACGUAAAUAGACGAUUAAAAUCACAAAUAUGGAGUUCGGUGGUUACAAUUGUGCUCGUGGAAGCAAAGAAUUUAUUGCCGAUGGACAUAGAUGGUUUAUCGGAUCCUUAUGUGAAAUUUCGACUCGGCACGGAGAAGUACAAGUCGAAAGUCGUUAACAAGACAUUAAAUCCAGUUUGGUUGGAACAGUUUGAUCUCCAUCUGUAUGAGGAUCCGUAUUUGGGACAAGAGUUGGAAGUGACAGUCUGGGAUCGAGACAGAAGUCACCAAGACGAUUUAAUGGGUAGGACGAUGAUCGAUCUGGCGGUUCUCGAACGAGAAACCACGCAUCGAUUAUGGCGUGAACUCGAGGAUGGCUCGGGCAAUAUUUUUUUACUUUUAACAAUAAGUGGCACUACGGCCAGCGAGACCAUCAGUGAUCUGGCCGUGCACGAGGACACGCCGAUGGAACGCGUUCAAUUAAUCCACCGCUAUUCAAUCUUAAACACUCUGCAGAGGAUACGCGACGUAGGUCACCUGACAGUGAAGGUAUAUCGAGCGCAGGGUCUCGCAGCAGCCGAUCUCGGCGGUAAGAGUGAUCCAUUUUGCGUUUUGGAGCUCGUGAAUUCCAGAUUACAAACGCAGACGGAAUAUAAAACUCUGGCACCAAAUUGGCAGAAAAUUUUCACUUUCAAUGUAAAGGAUAUCAAUUCCGUUCUGGAGGUGACAGUGUACGACGAGGAUCGAGAUCACAAAGUGGAGUUUCUUGGGAAAGUGGCGAUACCAUUACUAAAAAUGCGUAACGGAGAGAAACGGUGGUACGCGUUGAAGGAUAAGAAAUUGAGGGGCCGCGCGAAGGGUAACUGCCCUCAGAUUCUUUUGGAAAUGACCAUCGUGUGGAAUAUAAUCAGAGCAUGCGUCAGAACGCUUAAUCCGAAGGAAAAAAAGUAUAUGGAGCCAGAAAUGAAAUUUAAGAGACAAGUCUUUCUGCGAAACGUUCUCAGACUCAAGGCUAUUAUCGUCAUAUUUAUUGACAUAGGGAAAUAUAUACAGAGCUGCUGGGAAUGGGAAAAUAAGAUGAGGAGCGUUAUUGCUCUAGUGAUUUUUAUUUUCGGAUGUUACUACUUCGAACCAUAUAUGAUACCAGGUGUGGCAUUAUUGAUUCUUCUAAAAUAUUACUUGGUACUGCAAGUUAUGUCCGCUUUGUUUCUUUAUUGGCUAUGUUGCAUGUCGAAUUUCUUUGCUACCUAUCAGCUUAGCGGCGAAAGGAGCGGAUUCAAUCAUUGGAUUUGCGGACAGGUCGCUGUGGUGACGGGUGCACCUUUGAUUUACGCAAGUUCGCAGUUUCAAGAUCAUUCUGAGAUUGGUUCUGACGAUUGUCCGGCAACGCCAGGGGACGACGACGAUGACGAGGAUGACAAGGAUAAAGAAGAGAAAAAAAGUCUGAAAGAGCGUUUACAAGCAAUUCAAGAGGUGACGCAAACAGUUCAAAACUCGAUCGGCUACAUAGCUAGUCUUUGCGAGAGAGUGAAAAAUCUUUUCAACUUCACGAUUCCCUAUUUAAGUUACUUGGCGAUUAUUCUGGUGAUCGCUGGAGCAGUUGUGCUCUAUUUUAUUCCUAUCCGGUAUCUGAUCCUUGUCUGGGGAGUUAAUAAAUUUGCUAGAAAAAUCUUCAGGCCUCACACCGUGCCCAACAACGAGCUCCUCGAUCUUAUAUCUAGGGUGCCUGACGAUGAAGAGCUGCUUAAUUAUAGAGAACUGAAACCUGUGCCGACAGCAGAUUGCGAGAAAGGCUCGGGCAGUCCUAGUUCAAAUACGAGAAGAGAGCAAAGAAAGAGGCACAAAGCGGCGUAGCAGAAUUACCCGCGGCCGGAAGUCGCGGGUCCAAGGUCGUCCAGUAUCCUUAAAACGGUCCUGCUGCGCCGGAAAUUGCGACAGCGAAAAGGAUCAGCGGAAAAUAUGGAUGUGAUCGACAUAGACUGAAUACACUUUCGUUUUUUACUCCCCUUAAAUUAUAAAAAUCUUACUAAAAGUCUACCGUCAGUCGUUGGCGAAGGUAUCGCACGUGAUAUUGCUUCGGAAGGGGCAAAAAGAUGUAUAAAUUAUUGACAAUGAAAAAUCUUAAUGCUGAAAGAAAAUAACAAAGAAUCGAGAUGGAUAUUUGUUACGUGAAUAAUGAGAAAGAAAUGUUUUUAUCACGGAAGAUAGAAUAUUAUAUACUGCGGUAUAAAAACGAUUGAUCAUAUGAUAUAUCUUAAAGUAUAUAUAUCAUGUUAAAUAUAAGAAAGAAUAUAAAAAGACACAAUAUGAAUAAAAUGUUGCUUGAAAUAUAUGUCGUGAAACUUAUAUAGAAUAUAAAA